AUGGAACAUAAUAAAAAGGCAACAGGAUGUGCCACACAAACACUUCAGACGAUUCAGUCGACGCAGGCAGCUUCGUGUCCCGCAGGAUUCAACAUGAACAACGGUGUAUGUACUCGGCGUUCCGUAAUACAGAUGGAGUGUCCGUACGGCUAUACAAUGGAUUCCGGUCAGUGUAUCGGUUACCAUGCGAUGACUUGUACUGCCGGUAGUGUACUACAAGGUGAUCGAUGCGUGCGGCUGCAGACACAGUCUGCCUCCUGUCGGGAAGGUUUCCAACAGUUCGGGGACCUCUGUGUCUACAUGCGACCAAACUGCCCAUCAGGCUAUCGUAAUGAGGGUGGAACAUGUGUGACCGUGAAUGAAAGGGCCGCCACCUGUGCGAUUGGAAGCGCCAAGAAACAAGGUUACUGUGUUACCACACCAACCUGCCCGCCUGGCUACUACCUACACAAGGAUAUAUGUCAACGGGAAGAGCAUACGGUUAUUCAUUGUCCUAGUGAAUUUGUGCUGAUCGAUGGAGAGUGUAUCGCACAAACAAGCUGUUCAGCCGGAUUCCAGCUGGAGGGUAACAUAUGCGUGCGCGUGGAACAACGUACUGUAUCGUGUCCAUCAUCGUCACGGCUUAUAGGUGAUUUGUGCGUGAUAAGCAGUCCUGCCUGUGAGCACGGUUACGAUUACAUCGGAGGUCGCUGCGUUAAAACGGAAUACCGACGUCCGAUAUGUCCGUCAGAUACUCGCCUACGUGAUAAUCUCUGCAUAUUAGCCAGAUCACCACAGUGCGAAUAUGGUUAUACAUUCUCAGGAGGCCAGUGCACAAAGUUGGAACGGCAACCGAUCAACUGUCCGUCCGAUUUCCAAGUGCAAGGUGAUCGGUGCAUUUCGCAACGGUUGAUCUGCCCGGCCGGCUUUACGCAGAACGGAAGGGAAUGUGAGCGUGAAGUCCGCCGUACGAUGUCCUGUGCAUAUGGAAGCACUCUACGCGGUAAUCUCUGCAUCGGCGAAGGUCCAUCUUGCGAACCUGGCUCCAGAAUGGUUCGGGAGGAAUGCGUCCGUGUUAGCUACAAACCACCAGAGUGUCCUCCUGGUACAGUCUUAACCGGUGGGCGCUGCGUGCAUAGUGCAACUUGUGCUCCAGGCUACCAGCUUCGCGGCAACCUUUGCGUAAAGCAGCGUGUCGCUCAGCUAACGUGCGCUCUAGGAUUAUUACAGGACGGAAAGUGUGUCGCACCGGGACCGAACUGCCCUCCAGAGUACGAGAUGCGUCUUGAUGGGUGCGUAAGGCGUGAAACUACGCAACCGAGCUGUCCAGUAGGGGGAAAUCUGCAGAACAAUUUCUGUGUGAUUGGUCGACCAAAAUGUACGAAUGAUUUCCGGUACGAGAACGGUCGCUGUACGAGUAUGACGAAGAUACGGGCCCAAUGCCGAGUUGAUGCCGUACUGAGAGAUGGUAUGUGCGUGACCAAGACGACCACCUCUAGCGCCUAUUGCUCACAAGGGUAUACGCUUCAGGGAGGCAUGUGCGUGCGUAUGAUCCAAGCACAAGCAACAUGUACGACCACUUCUUCAGCAUCAUUUUCAAGCAGCAACAGCGUGUAUAACAAUAACAUAGUGACAAGUGCACCAUCGACCAGCACCAUCAGCGGCAGCAUCGUGAGUAGUGCACCAACGAUAGUAACUGAGACGAUUCAAUCCAUACCAUCAUACUUCGCAGUCGAUUCAGGCACGUCUAUCGCAUCGAACGUAGUCCCUUCGUAUGACUACGAUAGAUCUAAUAGUAAAAGUAGUAGUAAUUUUGAUGAUUAUAUCACCGAUGAAAAGUUCGUCAGCGGUUAUGAGGAGUAUCCCACAUACUCCAGCUCCAAGGUAGAUACAUCCUACGACACAUCGUCCUACGACAUUUCUUCAUCAUCAUCCUACGACAGUUAUACGUCCUCUGUAACUACGUCCCAAAGCAUUUCGUCGUCGAAUGAAUCCACUAUAUUUAGCGUGACGGAAGGAACAUCACAGUCAAAUGCUAUGGAAACAACACGAGGGAAGCGUUGCACCGUGAACGGACCUCGCGUGUGCAUGAACGAUGGAGCAAGUUGGACAUGCAAACAGAAUCAGUAUCGCGACAUCGCAUCCAGCUAUUGCGAGAGUGAAAGCUCAGUCAUCCAAUUGGUUGUAGAUCAACACAUGGCCUAUAAUGCCACAUUUAUUGUAAUGGCUCCACAAGUACCAGAAGAAGAAGGAUUAGACGGCUACGACGAUGAUGAUGAGGAGGAAGGAUCGGCUGACUGCAGCAAUUGUGCCGAUCAGAGCUACUCCUGCUCGAAAAUAUGUUUCACAUACGACGAAUGCAGUCAAUGUAUCACCAUUAAGCUUGAGAGCUUCUGCAAGACAGCAAAAUCAACUGAGCUAUGUGCAUAUUUAAAGAUCGAAGCAUAG